AUGGCAGAUUCUGACUCUGGUACCCAUGUAACGGACAUAAGUGAAAGUAUCCAGGACGAUUUUGAGUUCAGAAAAGAAGCUAUGCUACAAACAGUGACGGAAAUAGGACGCAAUUUAUCAAAUGAAACCAUCUCUCAGAGGAAUUCAAUUGAGAUCAGUGGAGAAGAUAUCUCGUGGAAUAGAUCAAACCCGAUUCCUUCUGGUCAACAGCGUCGAAACAGCACAGGCAGUACCCCUCGCUUAAUUCGUCACGUGUCUAGCCGUGUCACUUCACCUGCUCCUAUAGCGCAAAGUCGAGUGUCAUCUCCAUCUCGUUUUUCAGUAGCACUUGUAUCGGGAUCUGCUUUUCACGUACCCAUUCAAGCUCCAUCGCCGGGUCGUCACGUGCCACACCGUGUCGCAUCUCCUCUCCGACUCGCACCUAGUCGUUCUGUAUCACCCACCCGUACCCAAACAAGCCGAUUAUCGACACCAGUUCGACACCCGGCAACUCGCGGUUUAUCUUCUGCUCAACUGCCAUCCAGUAGAGGAAAUUCACCUGCUGGGCGAGUGCCGCGCCGUAGAGCCGCAAAUGCAGGACGGGCCAUUGGUCGAGAGACAACACCAAGGGAUAAUUUGAUAAUCGCAAACGUUCAUGCAACGCCUAGGAGACACAGAAAGGCUAAUGGUGUUGUCAACUCAGCACAGCUCUCUGUUCCUAACAGAGCACAGCAAAUCGCUGCCCAAACGUCAGCCAGUUAUGGUGGUGCACUCAGCGAAGGGGAUGGCGCAGGAUUUCUGAGGAGUUUAGAUAGUAUCCCAACACAUUCGGGAUCAAGGAGUGCGUACGAUUUUGUCGACGCUAGUAAGCGGAAACCUUGGAAACGCAAGAGAAAUGCCAGACAAUUUGAUAUCAAGGAUAUAGACCUUUCUGCACUUGAAGAGCAAGAAGUAUUAAACGAUCAAGUUGACGACAAGCCCUGGCUCCCAACUGGAAUCUAUGCAGUGUUCUUAAUUACACUGUGGACUGCUGUUCUGAAGCUUAGUGAUGGUGUAGAAACAAACGGUCCUGUUACUUGCUCUGCUGGCGAAGAAACUCGUCUUUGGAUAUGCGCCGCCUCCUUCUCGCUUGCACAAGGUCUCGCUGAAGCUUUUUGGCAACGAAAAAACAUGCUUAAAGUCCUUUUUAGUAUGCUGUGCCUCUUUGCGUAUUUCGUCAUUUUGCAUGUGCAACCGCUAUCAUGUCGGUUCGGAGAGGACAGAGUCACAGAUAUAAGCAAAUGGCAGUCUGCUAUAAAUUUUUUUGUGAGUGCGUUGUUAGGAUUGGGAAUUUAUAAGCACAUUUUGGAAACGAUACAAAACCAAAGAAUAAUCAAAGAAAAAAGAAUUCAAAAGGGGCAAUGGGAAGAGGCUGAGGACUCAGAGUUUGAGGGAUUACCAGAAGGUAUAAUAUAA